CUCUCUCUCUCUAUGCUCUCUUCCUCGGUUCCACCAUCCCCCUCUCCGUUCGCGAGCUUUCUCUCUCCUCUGUAUUUACAUACAAUUCAUUACAAUUUAUCAUCCAACCAAUCCACAGCGCCCCCAAUCGUGUCCUGGGGCUAAUUAAUUCUUCCCGAGCGGCCAUUUUUUGAACAUAGGAAAGCGGCGUCGUAUUGAAAGAGACCGGCGGAUCUGUAAUAAAUCGGAAAUUAGAGAAAAGAUGAGCGCGGAUCUGGUGGCUGCGAGCACAAAUGGGAAUCUGGACGAGCAGAUUGCUCAGCUCAUGCAGUGCAAACCCUUGUCGGAGCCUGAGGUUAGAACCUUGUGUGAGAAGGCCAAGGAGAUACUGAUGCUGGAAAGUAACGUCCAGCCUGUAAAAAGUCCUGUGACAAUUUGUGGUGAUAUUCAUGGCCAGUUUCACGACCUUGCGGAACUUUUCCGCAUCGGAGGGAAGUGUCCAGACACAAACUACCUAUUUAUGGGAGAUUAUGUUGAUCGUGGUUAUUAUUCGGUUGAAACUGUCACUCUUCUGGUGUCUCUGAAAGUGCGCUAUCCUCAACGUAUCACGAUUCUUAGAGGGAAUCAUGAGAGUAGACAGAUCACACAAGUCUAUGGAUUUUACGAUGAAUGUCUGCGGAAGUAUGGAAAUGCUAAUGUCUGGAAGAUAUUCACUGAUCUGUUUGACUAUUUCCCUCUGACUGCUUUGGUUGAAUCGGAAAUCUUUUGUCUGCAUGGUGGACUGUCUCCAUCAAUUGAAACCCUCGAUAAUAUAAGAAACUUUGACCGUGUUCAAGAAGUUCCACACGAAGGUCCCAUGUGUGAUCUGUUGUGGUCUGACCCAGACGACCGUUGUGGGUGGGGCAUAUCCCCCCGUGGUGCUGGUUACACUUUUGGCCAGGACAUAUCAGAGCAAUUCAACCACACAAACAACUUAAAGCUAAUUGCUCGAGCUCACCAGCUGGUUAUGGAGGGAUAUAACUGGGCCCAUGAACAAAAGGUUGUCACUAUUUUUAGCGCACCGAAUUAUUGUUAUCGAUGUGGAAACAUGGCUUCCAUUCUGGAAGUUGAUGAUUGCAGAGAGCACACCUUUAUUCAGUUUGAGCCAGCUCCUAGGAGAGGGGAGCCUGAUGUGACACGAAGAACGCCCGAUUAUUUCUUGUAGAAACUGACUAUUGGCGUUUGAAUAGUCAGUUGGAGGUGCUUAUUACUAAAAUGCCCUUUCUUCAAAUACGAUGUUCAAGUUUGUAGCCUCGUUUUUGGAGAUGCUGAAAGUGAAAAGAGGCAUGUUAAAUAUAGAUCAAAGGUCUUCUUCCCCUUUGUCUGCUGCACUAUAUUUCUAACCUAUUUUAGGGAAUUUGGAUUAGGGAUAUGCGCUUUUUGUGUAUCAUUGUCUACGAUUUUUUGAUAUUACGUUGUUUCCCGGUUUUUGUUUUUAAUAAUUGUUUUUUUUUUUUUUUGCUUUAAUUUCCUGAGAAUCCCUGGACAGGUGUUCUGUAUAAGUAAUGAAGAACUUCUAUCAGUUGUUUGUUCUGGUAA